GGCUUGUGGAGCGGACCAGACCCGCAUAUCAAUCAGCGACUGGCUGAGUCCAAGCAGCGGAUAUCUGAAAGGGAGCAAGAGGGUGAUGGCCGUGUUUGAAGAAGCCACGUGUGCGCACAAGAAGGCGCAAGGAGGUGCGGGGAUUGCGCAUAUGUGCCAGACGCAGUCGAGUACGCGGCGCACCGUGGAAUUACUCACACUGCUUCUCCCCAACUGACGACUUUUCCAUCGCUCGACAAUAUGCACGCUGGAGUCUGGCUUUCGGUGGUGUGUUCCAUGUUUUUUUUCACCGGGCUGCAGUGGACCGCAGCGGCGGGGAUGGAUGCCUCCACGGCCGGCCCCGGCGGCGGCGGCGGCGGCGGGGAAAACGCGGGGAAAAGAGACUUAAAUCAGACGAUAAACUCGCGACUGAAGAGGAAAACGCUGGCGGUGGAUUUCGCCGUGCCCUCUCUGUUGCGUUAUUACCUGGCGGAGUUGGUGAAGAGACCACUCAAUGGAGACUGCCAGACUUUUGGAGGCUGCUACACAGUUAGUGCAAACUUAAACAUGCACUGCAUCCCCUUGCAGAAAACCCUAUCUACUUUUGCCGAGCAGCGGGCCGCAGGAUCCGCCGCCAGGAACGCGUCCGGCGACGGACAGCUCCCUUUCUUUUCCAAGCGGCCGCUGUCCAAAGUUCUGAAAUUGGGUCUGACCAAAGCCAGCCGCAAGUCGAACCAAGUGGUGGUGGAAAUAGGAGAGGAUUUCGUCAGGACGGGCUGCGGGGGGCUGUCGGUGUACGAGGAGGCCCCCGUGUUGACCCUGGAAGUGGACAUCACGACUAUUAUGGAGUGGUGGCUCGGCGCGGACGGGGGCCGACUGAGGGUACGGCUCAUGCCGGAGAAAAGGGCGCAGGUGCCCGGCGUCGAGGACCGCUACACUGCGGCCAUACGCGCGGCUGACCCCCGCCUCUUUCUACAGAUUUUCUCCCAGGGUGAGACUUUGGCUGGUAAGACUGGAAUUCCUCAGGGGAUCUGGAGCUUUUCCUGGGUAGCUGAGGAUGACCUGAGCUUUCCCAACAACUUGAUGCCCAUGUCAGGUCCGCCAUGUGACAGAAGCAGCUCAUGUGACCAGAACCUUGAUCGUGUCCCAGAGUUUACAUGGAGCAUAGUGGCUACAGGGGACACACUGGAGGAACGCGACAUAAAGACGGAAAAGAAGGCAGAAAGUCCCCAAGGGUGGGAGGAAGGUCAGUUUCUGUGGGUGAAUGGUUCCUCCUUUGGGGGCCCCUGGGUGCUGAGUCCAUGGCUGUGGAGUGGCCCUGUUCCCUGUAGCUUGGACAUGGCCUUGUAUCUGCACCCCAAGCAAAGUGGGCAAUAUAACAUAUGGCUUAUUGAGCGGGAUAAGCCUCAACUUUCUCUCUUCUCCACUGACACAUUGCCUCGUAUUACAGGGAAACCUUCAUUGGAAGCUUUCUACUGA